AAUCAUUCAAUUAACUAUAGUUCAAAGUUCUCUCAUGAUAAUAAAAUACAAAUUAAAUUAUCAUCAAUCGAAUUAAAUGCUUAUUGCAAUGAACAAAUUUACUGGGAAAUUAUGUCGAAAAAAGGCAAUCAGUAAAAACAAAUGCAUUUUUUGAUUAUAUUAAUGAUCACUAUCCUGACAAGAUCAAGACUUGUUUUUAUGAUAGAAAUGAUAUUUGACAGGCCAUAUCUACCAAUUGCUUCAUUUGAUCGAUUGGAUUCGGAUAUCAUAUGGCGUACAUCAAAUCAUUCGAUUUAUGUACAAUACAUUUCGGAAAUGUCAACAACGAAGAUAAAGAAUGUUGAUGGAAAACAGCAGCAGCAGCAACAACAACAACAACAACAAUCAUUAUCCUCGCAAUUGAUAAUCAAACAAAUUCAAUCAAUAUCGAAUGAAUCGAUACACAUACGUGAAUCAUUAUUAUUGGAAAAAAUUUCUAUUCGAUGUCAGAUAUUGGCAAACAGUAGAACCAGUUUCACUAAUCUAUUUAAACCAUUUUAUUUGGUGAAAAAAAUCUGGGAAGAAACAAAAAAUCGACUGAUUUUUGGUAUCGGAAUAUUUAAAAAGAAAAACCUAUCACCAGUACCAAGUAGUGAUGGACAAACAAGGCAAUAUUGGAUGAAAGAUUUUUAUCAGCUAAACGAUAGUAUAACGAUGAAAACGAAUGGCCGUAUACGUAUAUUUGAAGAUGAAAUACAAUUUCGUUCGGUUGAAUAUGAUGAUUCGGCUAUCUAUACUUGUGCGGAUUUAUCGAAUACAAAUGGGAUACGUUUUCUUCAUUUUCGACUUAUUAUACGAUCUUAUGAUAGUAAUUGGUUGCAAACAUCAAAUCCGAUUGCAAUGAUGAAAAUAACAUUACUUUUCAUUAUUCUAUUCAUUAUCCUUCCAUGGACAUUAUAUCGUUAUCAAAAUUUUGAUAAACAACAAGUUCGAAAAUAUUAUAAAGAAAUGAAGGUUAGGAAAUCAGUGGAAAAAAAGGAACACAAUUGAUUGUUACAAUGCAUUUAUAUACAAAAUAAAAUAAAAUUUAAUCAUCAUCAUCAUCGGUAGUGGAUUCAUCGUCCGAGUCAUUACUACUGUUUUGAUCAUUUUCAUUCAA